AUGGUUCGCACAGAAGCUUGCAAAAUUCCUGGAACGAAGCAAUGGCUAUCAAAAUAUUAUGUUGAGGUCCAGUUUUUCGGUUUUUCGCUAUGUACUCAGUUUCCCCUAACAAUUAGGAAAAUCCAUGACAUUUUCUCGAUUUCUGAAAACACAAGAAAUUGGCAAAUGUGGUUCGGGAUUGUUUGCGUUUUGCUUGCGUCAUUUCUUUUUGGCUCUCAAUUUGUACCGAUUAGGAAAGUCUACGCUGGUGAUGGUUUCACUUCGCAGUUAUUCGUAUGUUUGGGUGCUUUCUUCAUAGGCAUAAUAGUGCAUGCAGCUCAAGGUUUCCCGGGUUUUUAUGGCUUCGCCAUGAUUGGAGGAUUUCUAUGGGCCUUAGCCAAUGCCUUUUCUGUACAAAUAAUGAAUCGCAUUGGUAUGGGACUUGGGAAUCUUUUAUGGAAUAGCUUUUCGUGUCUGUCUGGCUGGGCAACAUCAAGAUUCGGUAUGUUCGGGCUCCCUAAAGCUGUUCCCGCUAGUAUAGGCUUCAACUACGUUGGUGUAGCGAUUUUGAUCAUAGGGGCACUGAUGUAUUCACUUGUGAAAAACACACCUCAGAAACAACCCGGACAAGAAGAAGCUAAGGAGAGUGUGGAGACAACUCUACCGACCUCAGAAGGAAAAGAAAAGCCUGAAGAGGGAGAACCAUCUACCGUCAAAGAUAUCUCACUGAUUGAAAGGAUCAUAAGCGUUAUUGGCGCAAUGGCUUCUGGUCUCUUCUACGGCACGAUGUGGCUUCCAGUAAACUACAUGAUGAGCCACCCUGAAAAGUUUCCGGGCGCGCCAACUAACCCACUACACUACUUAUUUUCAUACACUUGUGGGAUAUUAUCUACCUCCGUAUGUAUUUUUGUCAUUUAUGCGAUUAUGAGGCGCAAUCGUCCAUGGGUCAGUUCAAAUGCAAUAAUUCCUGCGCUCUCUACUGGUCUCUGUUACGGUUGCGCUAUGUCUGCAUUCGUAGUGGCUAUUGACAAACUGGAUGCUGCCAUUGCCUAUCCUAUAGGCCAGAUGGCACCUGGCCUAGUAGUUUCCACGUGGAGUUUGCUAUACUACAGGGAAAUCAUGGGACGACGGAACCUGCUGAUUCUCGCAUGUGCCUACCUUCUGACUGUAGCAGGAGUGAUAAUAGUUACUAUCUCUAAAGAAGUAAAAGUUUUCUAAUGUGAUUUGGAAAUUGGCACUAGACAUUUGUAAGUAAAGUGAUC